AUGGAGCAAUCCAUUUGGGAACUGGCACCACAAGCCUUGAGCUUGAUGAUAGUAUCAACGCCACCAACAACUAUGAUUGCACAUAUGAUAAGUCUGGAGCUCACUAAGGAAGCACUUAGAUUGGGAAGACUUUCAAUCCCGGAUAAGAAGAAGGAAACUCCAGUAGAGGCAUCUGAGAAGAACAAAAGAAAGCUCAGUGAAUUUCAAGGAGGUGAUCGGGCAGAUAACAAGGACGAGGUCAAAAAGGGAAGUGAGUACAUGGGUAAAUUACCUCAAUGCGACAAGUGUCGACGACAUCAUACCAGGCGAUGUAAGAAGGAGAAGUGUGACAACUGUGGCAAAGUGGGGCACAGCAGGAAAACAUGUUGGCAUGAGACGAAAUGUGGAAAGAAAAGUAAGGGAUGUUAUAACUGCGGUGAUAUGGGGCACUUUAGGAAAGAUUGCCCAAGGAAGAUUAAACCAAAUCGUGGGAAGAAUGUCUAA